UUGAACCGUUGGUGUAUGUGUAUGCCAUUGAAGAUCUGUUUGCUUCUCUGAAUAACUUUUGAUUCACAUCACCAAAAGGGCAUGGAGAAAUCCGAACGACCAAAGGCAUCAAGACGCGAAGAUGGGAUUGAUUUGAUCAGUAACAUGCCUGAUCAUAUUCUCCUCUUGAUUCUUUCAAGGCUUAAAUCUACUGAAGAAGUAAUUCGAAGCAGUAUUUUGUCCAGACGAUGGAGGUAUUUGUGGACUUCAAUUCCGUCUCUGUACAUACGCUGUUUUCGAAAAGGUAUGCACUUCAAGAAAAACAAAUUCAAAGAGUUUGUGUAUAGGGUUUUAGUAAACAAAUCCGUCGAUUUGGAUAGGCUUCAUUUAUUUUGUUCAAAUUACUACAGUAUGUCGACGGUAGGGAUGUGGAUUUAUGCCGCCGUUAGAAGAAACGUCAAAGAACUUAACUUGACAUUUAGCCCUAAGGAUAAUACAAAGGAUAUCGAGUUGCCCCAUUGUCUGGUGGCUUGUGGUUCCUUGAAGGUAUUAAGGUUGAGUUUGGGUUACAAUGUUCUACGUUUGCUAAAUGUCACGGGGUUUCCAACUCUUAAGGUUCUUUCUUUGACCUGUGUUGACUUCUUGGAAGACAACAAUUUAGUUAAAGAUUUUUUCCAAAGUUGUCCAUUGCUUGAAGAUUUGAGGUUGGAUGACUGCGUCUUAAAUAAACUUGGUCUUCUUUGUAUUUCAUGCCCAAAGCUCAAGAAGCUGACUAUUGGAAACUGUUACGAUGAUGAAGAGGACAUGUGUGGUGGCAUUAAGAUUUGUUGCCCAAAACUGGUGUUUUUGGCAUUAAAAGGUCAUAUAGCUUAUAAAUUUUUCUUUGAAUGUUUAGACUCCUUGAAGGAAGCUGAGAUUGAGCCUAAGUUGAUGGACAACACCAUAAGUGUGUUUAGUGGAAUUUCUCAAGUGGAAUCCUUGUUGAUUGAUGUUAACUUCUUCACUCAGUGCAUUAAUACUGCAUUUGAUCCUUCUCUACCUAAUCUGAAGACUUUGGUGCUAUCCACAACAAUUGGUGCAUUCACCAUGGAGGAAUUCAACCGAAUUCUCAAAUAUUAUCCCAAAUUGGAGUCUCUCAAGUUGAUCGUUAUUGAGCUGUGGCUCACCUUCACACUUGCUGUUUUAUGCAUUUCAAAAUAUUGGCGUGGGCAAAGAAGCAGAAAUUUGCUGACUCUUAUCCCCAUUAAUGGGAAUUAUGGCGGGAAGAGCAGGAGGUGCAUGAAGGUGACCCAAGGAGCAUCUUUACCAAUGAUGUGAAAAGGGUGGAGAUCUUUGAAUUGAAUGGAGAAAAGCCGAAACUAGUUAUCGAUUUAGAAGAAAAGGUAUUGUUGGAAAUUGUUUUUAGUUGGGGUAAGAAAUUCAAGUACUCUCAUUAAAGACUAUGGGAUUGCUCUUAAUUGAUAUUACAAACUUUUUGGUGAA